AUGAAGAGCAGGGAGCAGGAAGCCAAAAAUAGCCCCAAGAAUAUUAACUUCCUUUCGCUGCACAUUAAACCAGGUUUGGCCCCUGGCAAGCAGGAUGGUGACUCUGGAAGCAGCAUCGGAGAACAGUUCAGCUCUGAAUAUCACCAGCUCAGGAGACGUGAGAAACACAACAACGACCGAGUUAAGGUUGAUGAAGAAAGUCCAGGGGAUGCUCGCAGUGAGCAAAACACCUGGGCGUACAACAAAAAUACAGUUGACCUAUCUGAAAACAAGAGUGAUGGUGAUGAAGAGAACGUGGAGGAGGAGGAGGAAGAGGAAUGGGGUGAAGAAACUGUCUACAGAGAUACGAAGCACAAAACCCAAUUGACAAAUCAUAACAGUCAAUACAAAAGAGAGCAAAAUGAAGAGAGUGAACAACCUCAUGAAAUCACAAGAGAUUCCAGUCAGCCACUCCAGAUAACCAAGAGGCAUGGUGAGAAAUUUGAUGGAGAGGAGAAUGAGAGGGAUGAGACCCAAAAAAAGCCCCAUGAAGCAGAAAAAAUCCCUCUUUCUCAAAAAAGCAGUAACAAACAUCAGGAUGACAAACAGCAAAGCCAACAAGGCAAAACCAGUUCUCAUGUAAACAAACACAGCGGUCACGAAACAGUGCUGAAAAGACAGUAUAAGGAGGAUAGCAAUGUUGAUGAUGAUGACCACGAUAGUGGUGAUGUUGAUGGUGAGGAAGAUCUCAGCAAUGUCUGGAAAGAAAACUAUGAUGAAGGUGAAAGAAUCCAGAGUAACAAUCCUGGAAGCAUCAGCAUGGAGUCAGAAGGGGAAGGAAACAGUGAAGAUGACAGCGCACAUAGAGACAAUGGUGAUUAUCAAGAUGCCACAGUUAAAGACUUUGCUCAUGUUGAGGAAGAUGACCAUCAUGAGCCACAUAAUUCUGAGAGCAAGGAACAAAAGGAAACAGGCAAUUCUGCUCAGAAUGCGAAUUUAGUGGAACCUGAAGAUAAGGUUAAAACUACAAGCAGCUCACACAGUGAGGGGGAAAGUGCAAGCAACAGCAGUGGGAAGGCUUUGCUGGAUCCAUGUAGGAACUUCCAUUGCAAAAGAGGAAGAGUCUGUCAUGCGGACGAACAAGAGCAGCCUAGCUGCAUUUGCCAAGACCCUGCUGCUUGCCCUUCAACUAAAGAUUAUGAGCGUGUUUGUGGCACUGAUAAUAAGACCUACAAUGGCCUAUGUCAACUCUUUGGCACAAAAUGCCAACUUGAAGGGACGAAAAUGGGACGCCAGCUGCACCUGGACUAUAUGGGAUCCUGCAAAUACAUCCCUCACUGUACUGACUAUGAAGUGGAUCAGUUCCCUCUCCGGAUGAGAGACUGGCUCAAAAACAUCCUUAUGCAGUAUUACGAACGCGAUGUGGAUACAUCUGCAUUUCUAACUGAAAAACAAAGGAGUAAAGUAAGCAAUCCUUCUUGCAUUAAACCACUCAAUUACACUGUUAGAGAUGCAUGA